AGACUUUUAUAAAAAGGAGAGAGAUAUAUUGGUGCAGUGAGCGAUUCAAUAAAAAUGGAUAGCUCACAAAAACUUCCGUCAUAUAACAGUGCGACUGCAGCUGCCACACCAAGCAUAGGAACGGAGAGAUUACUUAGAUAUCUUCCUAAAAAACAGUCGGAGGUUCGACAAGUUGCCAUAGAUAUUCCAGAAACUGGUAACAGCCAAUUGAUGAACCAAGAUGUUCUUAAAGCUGGCUUGACUGCUCUAGAAAGAGGUAUGAUCACUUGUGGCAUGAUUUACACAAGCAUCACAUAAUACACUCGGGUUAAAUUUCUGCACUGCCCAUACUCUAUAAUAAAUACAGUUCCUGGAUAAAGAGAACUUUGGCAAAAAAAUGGAUUAUGGCUAAAGUACAGGGGCUGUUCAGAAAUCUUACCUAGACUUGUCUAUUAAUAUAACGUUUGUACAGCUAGGGUAGCAUGAUUUAUAUUUGCUAGGUUUGCAAGGAAAAAAAGCACCUGGUAAGAAACCAAACAAGAUUCCCACACAGCCCCACACUUAGUUAUGCAGACAGUUCUGGUUGAAAAAAAAAAUGGCAAAAACAACAGAAGCCUUUGGGACCAUAGCUUUGUGUUUGAACAGUUAGGGGGUAUACUGAAUUCUUAAGAAACUAUAGUUUAAUAAAAUUGUUGUUACUGUAUAAAGGGUAUCAUUUUUUCAUUCAUAAAACUACCACAGUAAAAAAAAAGUAAUCUUGUGAAAAAUCAUGUGAAAAUAGUGUAACUGUUCUUUUUCUCAUCCCUUGAAUGGUUUACAGCAAAAAGUUUGCGAAUGAGAGGGACACUGAAUGACGAGGAACGGGUGACAUUGUCAGUAAGUUUCCAGUUAUUAUUUUCCUCUUAAUAUUUCUCUUAUUUGUGUUGUCUUCAUUGGCUAACACAAGGAUGAAUUGUGUAAAUUUUGUGCUUUGAGGAAUUCUGAAAUGUCCUGCUUUGCUAGCUGAGAGGUAAUCAUGCAUUAAUUCUCAUGGGACUAAUCUGUCCCAUAAAAUUACUUUUUAGAGUGCUAUAAAGCCAUUUCCACAAAGAUCCCAGCCAAUUAUGAAGAGAGUCAGAAGAGAACUUCAGAGUGUUCUUGCUGAGAGACAGGUAAAAUCAAACAAGUUUGUUGGUGACAACAACAAUUUAAUUUUUCUUUUGGUUUAUCAAAUGUUAGCUAAAGUUACAAGGCUGCCUGUGUACAUAGGACUUAUUUCUGAUGAUUUCUUUAACAGGGAUGGAGGAUCUUCUGGAUGAUUAUUUUAAAUGCUCUUUGUUCUUUUGGACUCUUUGUUUACAGUGGAUCAACAAAUAGUUUAGGUAAUAUCAACAUUUAUUCAAAAACAGGAUCACUGGUUUAUGCAGUUUUGAUUAGCACAGCCUCAGUAGUGUUUGAGCUAUCAUAGAAUAACUGAUACUAUCAUGCUCUGAUUGUUCAAAAGCCUAUCAUUUAUGGUUGUGAUAUGAAGAAAGGUCAGUUUGCUUUUGAGGAGGUCCUGAAAUUUGUUUCUGUGUUGGACUGAUUGUUAAACAGUGACACAACACUGUUUUUUUUUUCCUAUCCACUUACUUCCUUUAAUGUAUCUUAAAAAUAAUUAUAUGUUUAAUAUUAUAAAAUUUUUUUGGUUUUCUUUCAGCUCUCACAUCAUUUAGCUACCUGACAAUAUUUGAUUUACUAAGGUAUGGUAUUGAAAAACAACAUUCUAAAACAAUAAUUUUUCUUACUUUUAAAGUUCUUUGCUGCUUAACAUUGUUAUUUUCCUUUCUAGUCUUUUAACAUGCCUUUUAUCACUUUGGGUGUCACUUCAGAAACCAUCCACAACUUUUUCAUUUGGGUAAGGGUCUUUGUCAGUGUUAAAUAGCAGUUAGAAACCAGAAGAUAUGAGCUAAGUUUUUGUAUACAACGGCCUUGUCUCGUUCAGUGAUCGAUAUAUUCUUAGGCAGUAAGGUGAUAAAAAAUACAAGAAAAUGUCAACUUGGAAAUACUAUUUGAUUUAAAACCAAAUUCGUUUUCCAGUAUAACCACUUUGUACUCAAUCAUUUAAGACAUGUCAAAGCUUUCUGGCUAUCAUUAUUUUCACUUCCUAGUUAUGAGAGAUUUGAAGUGUUGGCAGUAUUUACUACCACAGUGCUUGUGAUGUUUGGAGCUCUAUUUAUUGUUAAAGAAAGGUAAGCAUAAUUUUUUUCAAUUGUCGUAAUGUUCAAUUUUCUAGAGCUCUAUCUCAAGAAGUUGAAAUGCCUUUGCAUCUGCACUUGUUAGAAGCUCCUGUCCUUUUGAUAAUGAAACAUCAGAAAACUUUCAAAUUUUUGUGUAAUCCAUUGUUUACUGGUAUUAUUUCCUAGCACUGAAAGGUUGUUAAUGCCUCCAGAAGUUAUGACGUAAGUUCAGUACAUACUGUUACUGUCCUGUUCUUGUUGUUCCCUCUCCUUGUGAGUAAGAUAAAAAUUAUUCCAUACCACAAAUUUUCUUGCCUUUUGUUUUUGUGCAAACUGAUCUAAACAAAGAUAAUAUAAAAUUAUUUAUGAGUUUCAAAAGAUGGAACUUUCAUUUGCUUUUACGACACUGCUGUGAUAAAUGGUUUUUGAUAAAAUUCUUGAGAAAAUUUGUAAAAUUCAUAAAACAAUAUUUUCAAUAUAUCUACUUCCAUUGAGUGUCUGUAUUUGUUAAAACAUUGAAAAUGUCUUAAGUCAUGAACAUAACAUCUUCAGGAGAAGAGUUCCAUCCUUUUUCUUCCCUUUCUGUUUUCUUUUCCCACUCAUCUACCAUUCCUGUUUUCAAACACUUAUCCUUACUUUGAACUGGGCAUGUCUCUGUGGCUACCUCUAACAAAUUUAGUAACUUAAUGCAUAAAAUUGUCAGUAUUUCUUUUUACUGAUUUUUUCUCUUUUUCUUUCACCAGAGAUAAUCUUCUUCCUGUCACGUCAGUUGGGUUGUUCUUACACUUACUUGUGACUUAUGGUGUCACUAAUAAGCCCUUCAGUCUAGUGUCUAAAGGUAACUUUCAAAACAUGAACAUUAAAGUUUAAAACUUGAUGCCAAGCAGGGAUAUGUUGAUGGCACAGAACAAUAAUUUCCCAAUGCUCUGAGCUGCAACCUAUUUGGUCACCACAGUGAGAAGGACACAAAUUUCAGUGGCAAAAUUUGCAGCUUAAGUUGCCAAAAUUUGUCAAUAUUUUCGAGGGUGUAUGAGUAUUAAACCUUUAGACUGUGAGUUGAGGUUGUGAAAAGACAACUUUGGAAAAUAUUGAGCUUGGAGCUCUAAUUUGACAAUUAGAAAGAUCAAUCAGAUGAUAAUUUUAUGGAGAAGCUUGGUCUCCUUUACUUGAGCACAUGUUUUGACUUCUUUGGCAUCUAAUCAUUUCCAAUUAAUAAUUCCUUGCCUUGAUUCAUCUAAUGAGUGUUCCACCUCAAAUUAAGCUGUCCUAUUUUCAUUGAUUUCUGGCUUUUACAAUGUUGUGUCUAUUUAAAUAUGAUUAUCUUUGAUGCCGUUCUCUUAAAAUUUGGGCUCAAGUCUUCUUUGUUUUUUUGUUUCAGCUGCUUCAUCAAAUUGGUUGCAGGAUGCAGUGAAUGAUUUUGGUCACAGGUGAGUCGGCCAUCUGCUUAGUUCUGUACAGUGACAAGCAUGUGGAAAUAUUUGAGUGACAAUGCUGUGACAAAAUUUUCAUAUCUGAGAAAUCUGAGAGCUAGAGAACAACUGACCUCCUCUUCAGCCAAAGCUUCUGGCAAUAACAUCAGUGGAACUGCAGUCCCUGUCUCCGGGGUUCUCAUUGUGAAAUGCAUUCUCAGGAGAAUAAGUAAAGUAUUUUGAGAAAAUUUUUUUGCAUCUGAAUGAAAAAUUGCUCCAAUGCACCAUUGAAAUUCAUCCACAGACUUCUGCCUAAUAGCCCAAGAAUUCUCUUACUUCUAAUGCUCAUGAACACCCUGUGACUCUGAGGGAUUGAAUUUCUAUCUACACUCCAUUCCCUACCUGAUUUCAGUAAUGGAGAAAAAGACGUAUUGUAUUUACCUGAAUUUUAAAUGGAAAAGAAGGUGAUUAGAGGACCUGUUUGUCUAUUUUUAUUUUUCAAAUUGUGAAGGGAUGUAGCUGGCUUUGUUAAACCUCUGAGUUUAUGAAUUGUUGUGUUGCAGUAUUUGUGGGUUUGCACCAUUCUUGGGCAAAGUCCUUGUACAGCGGUUCAACCCUAUAGCUCUGCUAGGUGUGGCAGGAGCAGCGUUAGUUUUAACAACUGAUUUUUUAAUCAACUACAAGUAAGAGUGCUUGGUAUUCUUUUUGCAUCUAUUUAAAAAUUAAAAGUGAAUGAUUUUAAGUAUUGGAAACCAUCAAUUCAUCAAAAGAGUUGUUAUUUUUUAUUAUACAACCAAGUGUGCAAUGUUGAUGCAUACUUCCUGCAAGCUCUUCUUUGUGUUGACAACCUACAAGUCUUGUCAAAUCUUAAAAAUAGUUUUUAAUUACUACUACAUUUUAAAAUACUCUGCUAAAUGAAAUGUGAGAUUUGUUAUUCACUUGAAUGUUACUUACCAAGUAAUCACAUCAACAAUUUUUUGUUUUCUUUACCAGUCAAUCCUUCAUUGCUGACAGCUUUUGUGCGAUAGUAACAGCAUUUAUGAUGUGGGCAACCAUGUUACCACUCAGCAUAUACAGUGGACAGAUUCUUCUACAGGUAAUAGGCUUUGGGUCUCAUGGCAGUUGUAUAUGAUAAUGUCUAUAACCCGAAUACUGUCAUUUAUUAUUAUUAAUAGUUAAUGAGCCAGUUUUCAUUUCCUCUUAUUUUUAUUUAUCACAGACUUGCCCUAUUGAUAUCAUGAAUCAGAUAGACAAGUGUCUACGUGAGGUAAGAAAGGUUUAACAAAAAUUACCAUGUCUACUUCACAAGGUUUCAAUUUAAUUUUUGCAAGAAAAGUAGUAGCCAUUCAUUAAAAUAAAAAUCCUCAUCAUCCUCAUCUUGGGUGUGGGUGUGUUUAGGUUCUAAUACAUACUAUGUGCCACAUAACCUGUCAUAUUUGGUGGCAUGAAAUUUUCCUGGUGAUAAUUGCUUGGUCAGUGAUCUCAGAAUUCUUCUUAGACAACUGUUGUGCUUUUCUCCCUAAAACAUCAAGUAUAUGAAUUACUGAGAAAGGAUCAAUCAGCUUUACUUCCUAUUAUUGUAGGCAUCUACCCUAGAUGGUGUGUUGGAAUUUAGAAAUGAGCACUUCUGGACAGUUUCAUUUGGAAGAAUGGUGAGAUACAUCAAACACUUUACUGUCUCCAUAAUGCCUUUUUCUCGCUGAAAUUUCUUGGAAAAAAAUAGCAGGUUUCUAUGGUGAUAUGAAAAUGCAGUCAGCUUCCAAUAACUGCCCUCAAAAUCAGUUUCUUUCACAGAGUCUGAUGCAACAAAUGACAUAAUGUGGGCCUUUAAGGAGACAUUACAAUAUAGAAAGUUAAAUUUUGAUUAAAUGGAAAGUUAACAUGUUGACUGAACCAUUAACCUGCAGACAUCUGAGUUGUUGACUUACACACCAAAUGUAGGGCAGCAUGUAGCUCAUUCCUGUAAAAUGAUCAUACAGUUUGAUGUAUGUUGCUACAUGAUUCCCCUUGCUAAUAUGGAUGUUUCCUUCAUUAUGUCUCACAAUUGUUACAGUGUAUUUGGAAAAUUUGGGGUUGUAAAUGAUAUUGUUAAUAGUUUUCUUGUGUUAAUAGAUUUCAGAUUGUGGUUUUUAAUUAUGAUGACGAUUAUUGUUUUGCUGUCAACCUUUUAUAGGCUGGUUCCUUGCAUGUCAGAGUAAGAAGAGAUGCUAGUGAACAGGUAAGGACAAAUGUUAAAGUAUUCUUUCCAAAUUACAUGAAAAUAGUGAAAGAGGAAGAUCUAAUAUUUUUAAUUUUUUUGUAUAAAGAGUAACCUUUCCUUCAACAUGACUAACCAAAAAAUUAUAGUACAGAGCCCAGUUGUUCAAAGAGCAGAUAAACUUAUCCAACUGAUAAAUCACUAUCCAGUAAAUAAGUGUUAACUAAAGGUACUGUGCUAUACAUUGGAUAGAGAUUUAUCCAACGUAUAGCAUUAUCCACCCUUCAAACAACCAGGACCAAAAGUGAAGAAAAUGCAGAAAUGGGAAGAACAAAUCCAAAUGGAAUAAAGAUGUUGAAAGAAUGGAGAAGAUUAACUCAGUGGCAAAUUUCAAACUUUAAAAAAUUUAAAUGGAUAGGUAAUUUGGAAUAAAAACUUGGGUCAGUUCAUUUAUUGGUUCUUAAAAGACUGUUAAGAAUGAUGAUGAUGAUGAUGAUGAUGAACCAAGAUUUUAAGUCAUCUUGAACCGAGGUACUCUAGGCCUUGAAAUUAAUUAACACACGAACCUUUGUGUUUCAGUCUGAACUACUCAGCUCUAAAACUUUUUAAUGUUUUCUGUUCUGUGUUUUAUUUCACAGAUGGUGCUAGCUCAUGUAACAAACAAGUUAUCUAGUCAUGUAACACACUUAACAAUUCAAGUAUUCAAAGAUGAUUGGAUACGACCGUCAAGUACUACAAAGGUCAACAUUCCAAGUCUACCAUCUGUGGCUGGUUCUCCUAGCAGCUCUCUGCUAACAAGGCCAUACAGCAGUCCACAGUUGUACAAAACUAACUCCCCACCAGUCACAAGAGGACUGGAUAGACCCAAAACAGACAACAGGACAGCUACAAACAAAGCUUCAACUCCCUUCAUGACCAUCUCUCCACACAAGACAUCAUGAUGGUAACCAAACCUUCAAUCUCAAUAUCUGGAACCAAAUUCUCCCAACUGUUAACAUUUUAUUCCUCCAUCACUCCAUCCUGAGAAUUUGUUGUGCAUCAAUAACAAAGCAACAUCCCUGAGUUAAAAAUUUCCUAUAUUAUCUUUGUCUUUCUAACUGAAAUUUGAUCAAAUUGUAAGGAGAAUUUAGGUAUUGAGCACUAGUGAGAAUUAAAUGUAAGGAUCUAAUUAAAUAAAGUGACAGUAGCCUUAUUUAUUUUUCAACAUCAUUAGUCUGUCAUUAUAACUGAAAGAAGUUGAGG